AUGAGCCACGAGAGCGUGUGCGUAUCCCUGGACACAUAUUACUCCAUCGCGCGACUUCAUCUGAGCAUUCCUACCUCCAAAGAAGCGUACAUCAUACUGAGAGAUCACCCCCUCCUAAGUGUGACGUUGCCCAGGAGAGAAAACUCCACAGAACAAUUUUGCUACAGUAUCGAAAGUCCCACUGAGCCGUACCUGAAAGUGAAUGACACCUCUGGCGAUAUUUGGCUAGCUUCACAUUUUCUCGACCUGCGGUCCCCGACGGAAUUUAUCAUCACGGCCCACACCAAACAAGGAGGUGCAGCUCUACGACGACUCAGCUUGACCAUCACUCCCAUUCCGGCGGGAAACAUUUCUCUUUCGCGCUUUUGUGAGGAGCACACUGACAAAAUUUGCUUCUGGGACCGGGCUAUUUACAAAAUUCAGGAAAACGAAUCACCUGGCUUCGCGAUUGGGCCCCUCGGAACCGACCUGUAUCAGAAGCUGUGUCGGACACAUUCCGUCAGCUAUCAGCUCAACAACGCAACCAAUUAUCUGCUGGCAUCCAACGGAUCCCUGUCCAGUCUCAUCAAGCUGGAUUACGAUUCCGCUCAUCCGGGUGCUCUAUUGAAAGCCAACGUUCGCUGCACGGUCCGAUUCAGCGGAAACGAUGUUCCUGUGCAGUUUGACAAAACCGUCGACAUCAACGUGCUGGAUCGGAACGAUAAUCGACCACGCUUGCAGCACACCAAUGACACACGCAUCGAUUUGCUUCUGGACGACCCACAUAUUAAUGAGGGUGAACCUCUCAAACACCUAAAAGUACUCUUCAUCGACAAGGACACAAUUGCCAUGAAUAGCUACGUGCACUAUCAACUGUUGAAUGAUACCUACAAUCUGUUUGAACCCAGGUGCAUAACCUACGAAAUCGAUCACGACGGAAGUCGUCAGACGGUAUUCGGUUGCUCGUUGAUUGCGCGAAAAACUGGAAUACUCCCGGAAGGACGCCACUGCGUGGUCUUAAAAAUCGUGGACGAUACAAUCUCAAAUGUAGAUUCCAAUCUAUUCAACAAUUCGACGAUCUGUAUCGAUCCGAACCACAAUCACAUUCGGCUGCCGCGACCGGAACCGCUCAUCAGUGGUGACCAAACUGGUUCGGGGGACAGUAAGCCAGCAACACGCCACAACGGUGGCGGCAAGAAACGAUCAGGAAAUAAGGCGGCGUUGGCCAAUUUCACCUACCCGAGUAAGGUAGAGUUGUAUACCAGUGCUACACAGUUUGCCCGCAUAGCGCAACCGAGCAACAUGCUUGACCAAAUUGCAGACAGUAAAACGGAUUUAAACUAUCGCAUCGUCCACAAUCCGCUAGAUGCUUUCAACAUCACCGCAUCCGCGGGAAUUAUCUACCUCAACAACCCCGCCAACAUCCAGCAACAACUUCCGAACGUGACGCUCAAGCUGGUGGUGGCCUGGCUGAACCACAAUGCUACGAUCUCGAUUUCCAUCAAACGUUCCGUUGGAAUCUCGUGUAAUGUUUCGUCCGAAGAUUUUUGCUCCGGUCAUCCGAAUCAGACAAGUUGCAUCAACAGUUGUGGAGUCGGUAGCCGGGAGGGUACUUGCAAGUUCAGAAUUUCGGAUCCUGCGAGCGCGUUCAGUAUGUUUGGCAAGCCAGAGGAGUCCACCUUCGAUGAGAAUUAUCCAACAUGUACACCGGACUUGGACAACUGUCCGGACAACGUAUGCGAUCCGCUGGAGGACAUGGGUCAUAAGAACAAGAUUCAAAUUUGUCCGCAGGAUUGCGUUUAUCCCGACCAAAUUAUUGGUGUCUUCGAGCGAUUACAUACCAUGGCCCGAGGUAUUCACAUGUCAGGAGCAGGAACUUGCACAUGCCGACUAACUGGCCAGUGCGAUUGCUUCAGUCGGCUUGGUAUUAAAAAAGAGCAUCGGAAAAAUAACACCAAAACUAAGAUGGCGAAAACGAGCACCACAACGGAACCGGUUGUCCUUUUCAAUGGGACCGUCGGGGCGUCUUCACCAGCUGCAGUACGAGAUGGUGGUAACUAUUACCAAAAUGGACUAAUCAACGGACCGAAUGCGCCGAUGUUCUUGUUGGCCAUUGUAGUCAUCCCGAUGAUCGUUGCUGUGCUUUUGGUGUCCUAUUGUUUCUCCCGGAAGACGGGCCUCAAGAAGAAACUUGCCGAUGGGAACAACAUUCCGAUGCACAUGGUCAGCAACGAAACGGAGGUGUUCAACGUAGACUUGCCCCUCAAUUCCCGGAUAAAUGAUAUAAAUUUCAAAAUCGAUUUUGACUCAAAGUGGGAGUUUCCUCGUUCCAAUCUCAUUCUGGACAUAACCCUCGGCGAAGGAGAAUUCGGCAAGGUUCUGAAAGCCUAUGCGACUGAUCUACCGGACAAGCCGGGAAUCACUACCGUUGCGGUGAAGAUGCUGAAAACUGGCGCGAACUCUGUGGAGCUGUUGGCUCUGCUCUCCGAGUACCAAUUGCUACAGGAAGUAACGCAUCCUAACGUGAUCCGUUUACUCGGUGCCUGCACUAAAGGCGAUUCACCCUUGUUGAUCAUAGAGUAUUGUCUUUACGGAUCGUUGAAAAAUUACCUUCGUUUGAGUCGCAAGCUAGAAGUGAUGAAUGCAACUGACUACGAAAACGCCAUCGAGCCCAUCACGGUCAAGGAUAUCCUGUCGUUCGCAUGGCAGAUCAGCAAAGGAAUGGCCUAUCUCACCGAAAUUAAACUGGUCCACCGCGAUCUAGCCGCACGAAAUGUCCUUCUGGCGGAGGGUAAAGUGUGCAAAAUAUCGGACUUUGGACUGACCCGGGACGUUUACGAGGACGAUGCCUACCUGAAGAAGAGCAAGGACCGCGUGCCGGUCAAGUGGAUGGCACCGGAAUCCCUGGCGGACCAUAUCUACACCACCAAGAGCGAUGUGUGGGCCUUCGGAGUCGUGUGUUGGGAGCUGAUCACCUUGGGUGCGUCACCGUAUCCUGGUAUUCCGCCACAGAAUUUGUACACGCUGCUGAAGCAAGGCUACCGAAUGGAGUGUCCGAAAAAUUGUUCCGAAGAAAUAUAUAGCAUUGUUCGUUCUUGUUGGACGGACGAUCCGAAGCUACGACCUACGUUCAAAUAUUUGGCUGGCCAGUUUGAACAGCUGCUGGGACGUACCGCUAAGUAUAUCGAUAUGGAACAGAAUUCUAUCUCGAAUCCGGUGUACUGCGAAAAUAGUGACGAAACUGAUUGCUCCAAAGUGUCCUGCGUCAAAGAGGAACAGGCCCGUCUCGAAAGCCUGUGGACGACCCCUCAGUACGAGCCUGCCACCGACAGCAGUACCCUGGAAAACAUCCGCUAUCUCUCCCCCAUAUCGGACAAGAAAUCUCUCAUCCUCCAAAGUUACGACACACCUCGUCCGCUGAUCGAAACGGCAACCAUCGAGCAGAAGUUGCGCUACGAAAACGACGUUCGGCUGCGGCCCCGGAAGAUCCACAAUGGCGUCUAUCCGCCGUCCUCGACUCCCACCAUCUACAUCAACUCGUCCAGCCAUCCGAACCUGUUCUCCAAAGAGAUGGACGAAACUUCGUUUUCCGUGGUGACUGGCAACGGGGAAUACGAUUCUCCCAGCAGGCAACCUCGCCCCGUAUCCUAUCUAGACAUGAACAAGAACAGUGUCAACCUAAAUCUGGAGAUUAACAACAUCGUUGAUAAGAAACAAUCGAAGGACAUUGCUUUCCGGUUUUCAAGCGUGGACAAUGAUUUGCAAACGGUGGGCAACACGUUGCCAAGGACCCCAACGCAAGCAACGGUCAUUCCGAUCGGGCGAUUCCAAAGCGAUCCAAAGAUUGAUAAUAAGGUCAGUGGAAGGGAUGAGGUGGAUUUCCCCAUAAAGCCGCAAAAUGAAUCGGAUGUACCGGCAGUAACUGUAACCUCGACUGUUUAACUUAAGACAACACGAUAGCAAAUUUUUCAUUUGUUUUAGAGAUAUUUAAUUUGUUGAGUUUUUUUACCCUAUAAGAGCAAAACCAAAUAGCCAGAACAACAAUACAAUAACCAUAGCAGAAAGUGAUCUUAUGCGCAAAUGGAACCAAAGUAGUACCAAACCAAACCAUACACAGAGCAAAUCAACCGAAUAUUUGAUAUCAAUAUUGAACCGUAUAGUUAGGUGCUAAGACAAACAGAUAUAAGCAGGGCUUAACGAAGUGUUUCCAAAGUUUCCCGACAUUUUAUGUUUAUUUAUUUCAUGUAAUGAAAUGUUUGUUUGCUUAUUCCAAGCAAUGAUCUCAUUUAUGUAUAGGUACUCGAAUACCAGAUAUGUUGUUUCGAAGAUCAGCCUGAAGCGGGUCGGUUUAGCGUUUCUAAGUUAUUUAUUCCUUAUUGUAUGUUUUACAGACAAAAAACGAAAUGUGCCAUAAACUGUUAAUCUAUUGAUACACGCGUACGGAACUUUAGAUAAUAAGAUGUUUAUUGCCUAUACCUAAUGAUAUUGAGUCACUGAAUACAGACAUUCCUUGACAUUCAUGUGCGGCGGGAACUGUUGCACUCCCGGGUCUAUAUGUUAUCCAUAUGAUCUUUUCAUAGCUGAUGUCCUUAAAACGCUAAAUAGCUUUACCAGCAAAGCAAGGAUCAUCCGUUAAGUAAGACAUUGGCAAGAAAAUAAAAUGAUAGUAAUCAUAAUGUCCAUAAAA